CCUCUCCUAGCUAAGAAGGCCAAAGGCCAUUUCCAAAUGGCCUCCAAACCCAGAGCCCUCCUCUCCUUCCUCCUCCUGGCCCUCUUCCUCUCCUCAGCUGCGGCUUUCGAUGUCAUGGAGAUCCUCGGCACUUACCCCGACUACUCCACCUUCACUAAGUACCUCACCGACAUGAAGCUGGUCGACGUGAUCAAUAGUCGUCAGACCGUCACCGUCCUCGUCCUCGACAACACUGCCAUCGCUCCACUCAGUUCCCUCCCCGCCGACAAGCUCAAGAGUGCCAUCUCCGCCCACAUCCUUCUCGGCUACUACGACCCCUACGUCCUCGACGGCGACCUCAACAAGUCCGCUCUCCUGCCCACCCUCCUCGGUUCCAGCGGCGCCGGUUUGUUGAAGUACACGGAGAUGCCCGACGACCAGAUGGUGUUCGGGUCGGCCGCGCCUGGCGCUCCUCACGACUCCAUGGUGAUCAAGGUCGUCGGAGCGAGGCCGUACAACCUGUCGGUGCUCCAGAUCGACAAAGCCAUUUUGCCGCCCGGCAUCGGGAGCGCGGUGCCCGCGACGUCGACGCCGCCUGCCGCUACACCCUCGAAAGCAACGGCUGCGCCACCGACGACAACGCCAGCGACGUCUGUCACACCGUCACCGGCUCCUGAGAACAACGGUAGUCCUGUCGUCCCUGUGGCAGCUCCUGCAACUGGCCCCUCGGCGUCCGCGGAAGCUCCCAAGCCAAUCACCAGCACACCUGUUGAGGCUCCAAAGCCAGCCACCAGCGCACCUGUCGAGGCUCCUCGAUCGAGCAGCAGCUCACCUGUUGAGGGUCCACAAUCGAGCGCCAGCGCACAUGUUGAGGCUCCAAAGCCGAGCACCGGCGCACCUGUUGAGGCUCCAAAGCCGAGCACCGGCGCACCUGUUGAGGCUCCAGAGCCGAGCACCGGCGCACCUGUUGAGGCUCCAGAGCCGAGCACCGGCGCACCUGUUGAGGCUCCAGAGCCGAGCACCGGCGCACCUGUUGAGGCUCCAGAGCCGAGCACCGGCGCACCUGUUGAGGCUCCAGAGUCGAGCACCGGCGCACCUGUUGAGGCUCCAGAGUCGAGCACCGGCGCACCUGUUGAGGCUCCAGAGUCGAGCACCGGCGCACCUGUUGAGGCUCCAGAGUCGAGCACCGGCGCACCUGCUGAGGGUCCAGAGUCGAGCACCGGCGCACCAGCUGAGGGUCCAGAGUCGAGCACCGGCGCACCUGCUGAGGGUCCAGAGUCGAGCACCGGCGCACCUGCUGAGGGUCCAGAGCCGACCACCGGCGCACCUGCUGAGGGUCCAGAGCCGACCACCGGCGCACCUGCUGAGGGUCCAGAGCCGACCACCGGCGCACCUGUUGAGGGUCCAGAAUCGGGCACCGGCGCACCUGUUGAGGGUCCAGAAUCGGGCACCGGCGCACCUGCUGAGGGUCCAGAGCCGACCACCGGCGCACCUGCUGAGGGUCCAGAGCCGACCACCGGCGCACCUGUCGGUGCUCCAAAGGCGAGCAGCAGCGCACCUGUAGGGGCUCCAAAGGCGAGCAGCAGCGCACCUGUCGGAGCUCCAACACCGAGCAGCAGCGUACCAGUCGGAGCGCCAAAGUCGAGCCCCAUCACUCCUGCAGCAGCUCCAAAGAGCAGUCCAAGCAAGCCUGCAAGGGCUCACAAGGCCAGAAACACCACCCCGGCCGCAGCUCCGCGGUCUGGCGCGGCCACCCCAGCCGAGUCUCCGAAGACCAGUGCCGCCGCUCCCGUCAAGGAUGCAAGUGCAGAUGCACCCGAUUCAAGCAUUGGAUUACCACCAUCGUCCACAGCACCUGCAGAAGCGCCUGGCCCCAGUUCUUCAGCUGCCCGGGUGGUUGCAGGUCUGACCCUUGGGCUUACCAUGGGUGCUGCUGCUAUCCUUGGUGCCAUUUGAAUUGGUUGAAGAGGAGGAGGGUUUUGAUUGUGUGGGUUUGGAAGGUCUCACUGUUGGGUUUGGAAUCUAACGUUCGUUUUGGUUGACAUUUGUAUUCGUUCAUUCAUCUUUUGUUAUACCAAAUCUGGUAGGAGCAGGUUGUCCACA